AUGGCUUCCCAAGCGAACUUCAACGAUAUCGUCAAUAAUUUCCCCGGACUCCCGCCAUUCCCAGACGAUGUCCCCACCGCACCACUUCUUCGGCUAUCCUUGGGCCAACUAAUGGCCGGGGAUAAAGCCGAGCUCGAACGGCUUUUUGAAGCAUCAGUUGAUAUUGGGUUCUUCUACCUGGAUCUUCAGGACUGCGAACAUGGGACAUCUCUCCUUAAGGAUGCAGAUGGCCUAUUCAAAGUUGGCGAAGAGCUCUUCGAAUUGAGCCUUGACGAGAAGAAGAACUAUGAUUUUAGUGCGCAAAACUCAUACUUCGGGUAUAAGGGUCAGGGGGUUGCAGUAGUUGAUAAACACGGAAAUCUGGACAGAAAUGAAUUCUACAAUAUCUCAAAAGACGAUAUUAUAGGCAUCAGCGAUCAACUUCCAGCACCAGAAGUCCUGCAUCAAAGCCGUGAUCUAACAAAAUCCUUUAUGCAAGGCUCCCACGCAAUCGUUAUCCUGAUUCUAAAGAUCCUCAACGACAAGCUUUCCCUGCCAGAAGGCACGCUAUCCAACCUCCACCGACUCCAAGCAGUGAGUGGUGACCAAGUGCGCUUCAUCAAGGCACCGCCACAACCGGUCGAUGACCGACGGACCGCACUGGGCCAACACACCGAUUACGGCAGCGUGACAGUCCUCUUCAACCGUCUGGGCGGGUUGCAAGUCCUACCUCCCGGCGCUGAUGCAGAAUGGGUAUAUGUUCGACCACUGCCCGGUCAUGCAAUUGUCAAUCUCGGCGACGCAAUGGUGAAAUUUACCAAUGGCCUGUUCCGGUCCAAUAUUCAUCGGGUUGCUGCACCACCGGGUAUUCAGGGGGAUUCAACACGGUACAGUUUGGUGUAUUUUGCACGGCCUGAGGAUGAUGUGAUGCUUCGAAGACUGGAAGGGUCGGAGCUCAUUCCUCCUAUUGAGAAGGACCAGGUUGAGGAAGAGAUCAAUAGCAAGGACUGGAUUAUUCGUCGGGCAUUGGGUCGUCGUGUGGAUCUUGUCAAGGAUAUUGACUAUGAGAAAUCUGCUGGGACGGAGCAGAUGAGUCGCAGGAUCAAGGUUUGA